AUGACAAGCAGUUCAAAUUCUCCAGGUUCUCACUUGCCCUCCAAAACAAGAAGUUCCAAAAUAGAUUACAACUACUUGAAGGAAUUGAAUGAGGACUUAAAACUAAGAAAGCUGGAACUGUUAGAGAUGCUAAAACCUCUUGAAAAUAAGAACAACCUCUUAUUCCAGAAGUUAAUGUCUAACUUGGAGGAAAAACAAAGAAGUCUGCAGAUCAUGAGACAGAUCAUGGCAGGGAAGGGAAGUGAAGAAUCCUCAGUCAUGGAUCUCAUUAAGGAAGCUGAGGAGAUGAAGCAGAAUCUGGAAAGGAAAAACAAGAUGCUUCGGAAGGAAAUGGAGAUGCUAUGGAACAAGACAUUCAACACAGAAGAACUCAAUGAUCAACAAAAAACACCACAGAUGAAAAACAAAGCAAACUUGCAGGAUGAAAAGGUUCCCCAAACCCCCUCAUUGCCUAGGGAGACCGAGAAUGAAUUGGAGACAUCAUAUAUAGAGAAAGUGAAGGAGAUGAAAAAGGAAAAGCAACAGAAGAAAAUAGAAUGGGUCAGGUAUCAGGAACAAGCCGACAACCUUCAGAAUGACUUUAAUGGAAAAGUGAUUGAGCUCAGAAUUGAAGCCUGGAAGAACUACCAGAAGGCCAAUGACCUGAUACUAUCACUGUACUUGCAGCAGAAUUUUCAGCCAAAGCAGAGAAUCCUGGGAUCAAAGAUCUACACAGAACAACAAAGAAUUAAAGGAAGUCAGUUUGACGAUGUAGGAGGGAGGCUCUUUUUUCUGAGGUCACUGCCAGAUGAAUGA